CAUCAUCGUAGAAAUGGUUAUAAUGGCAGAAAUUCAUGUCUCUAGUGUUGUUUAAGUUUGUGAAACUGAGUGACAAAACAGAUAUCUAUUUUGUUAAGAAUAUUGUAACGUGUAUAAAAGUUUGAUCUUUUGGGACUCUUCAUGCAGAAAUCUUUCUUCUAGUGGAAAUACUAAAUAACGAAACAACGUUCUCUCUAUCAUAUACAUUCAAAGUCAACAUCGACGUUUUUGUGUUUUUUUUUAUGCUCAUUUACUUUGUUUAUUAUGAAUUUGAUGGAUUUUUUCGUGCUAUAACUUAACGACGGAUUCAAUAAUAUAGUUUUUCAUCGUUAUAGACGUGAAGAAAUGAAACAUAGUUUAAAAUAGUAAUAUUCAAAUUAAUUUGUUCAUUCUCAUUUCCCGUCUUCAAUUUUGAUAUGACCAUUGCCAUGGUGCUGUGAUAAACAGGUUACUACUAGGAGUUAUUGUCAUGGACUGUCUUCGAUUCUAUGAAAUUAAACAAGUUACAAGUGAUGCAAUAGAAAACAAGUGAUUGUGGUAAUUGACAUAAAAGAGUGUUGGUGUGCCCUAGCAGGUAUUUUGUAGUGGAGUCACCAGGCUAUGGCUAACCUGAACUUUGAGCAACCACCACGCAGUAUUGCGAACGCAAGCCUUAUAUCGCGCACAGGUGGUGGGGGGGGCUUAAAUUCAUCGACCCUUACGGGUCAUGUCACACCUACCUCGAGCAUGUUCUCAGGCUCAUCUGCAAGCACUUCCAGUUCGGUUAACUCUGCGGUAGUAGUUACUAACGUUUAUCCUGGAGCAUCAGGAGCAGGAGGUGGACAAAAUAGUCAUCAGUCUCAACAGCAACAGCUCUCUCCUAUGGGUACCAGAGGACUGUUUGGGCAGAGAGCUUUUACAGAUAGACGUACAAUGCCUGCUCUUGGAACAUCAAAUCCAAUGGCUAGCAUGGGCACAUUUGGAAUACCUCAAAGUCGAAAUUACGGAUCUCAAAUCAAUAAUUUUCACUCUGUUUUUGGCAGUGGAGGAGGUGGAGAUACAAGUACUCCUCCAUUGUUGGAUCUAUCUGAGUUUCCUUCAUUAACAAACAGAGGACAGGGUGAUUCUAUGCCGCAACCUAGUCCUAUGCCAGGCAAACAACCUUAUGUUGGGAUGGUAAAACAACCAACAUCUGAAUCAAGUGAGUUUACAAUGAGUUCUGAGGAUUUUCCAGCAUUGCCUGGAACACAAAAUAGAGAAGGGCCAUCGCCCGGUGGAAGUGUUUCUGGAGAUAAAAACAUACCUGUUGGACUUGGUCCUGAAAUUGGACAAGAUAUAUUGCAGGCAAAUAGAGCACCAGGAUCUGAGAAAUCUCAAUUAACUAAAAGAGGUGUACAAAUAUUUCCUGAUGGCAAGGUGCUUAAUUUACCAACUAGUAUGAUACAGGACCAGUUUGGAGUAGUUGGGUUAUUGACAUUUAUUAGGGCAGCUGAUACAGAUCCGAAUCUAGUAACUUUGGCAUUAGGCUACGAUUUAACUACGUUAGGAUUAGAUCUUACUUCAGGAGAUAGUAUUCAUCAAAAUUUUGCCGGACCUUGGACAGAAAUACCAUGCCGACCUCAGGAUAUCGAUUUUCACGUACCGCCAGAAUACCUUAUUAAUACAGCCAUCAGGGAUAAGCUAGCACCAAUUAAGCUAAAUCGAUACAAAGAUGAUCUACUAUUUUAUAUGUUUUAUACAAAUAUUGGGGAUAUGAUGCAAUUAGCAGCAGCAGCGGAGUUGUAUACUAGAGAGUGGCGAUAUCAUAUGGAAGAAAAGGUUUGGAUAACGCAAGCACCAGGAUUGGGACUUGUAGAAAAAACAUCAACAUAUGAACGCGGUACUUAUUAUUAUUUUGAUGCGCAAAGUUGGAGAAAAGUAGCAAAAGAAUUUCAUUUGGAAUAUACAAAACUAGAAAGUAGACCUAUUCUUCCCCCAAACUUUUACCUAAACCAGCCUUGACUACAGAUCUGCUUGCAGACCAUUGUACUGUCUUUAAGCUGGACAGGAAACAGCUAUUGUAUAAAUGAACAAAUUUAAUAAUCUUUAAUAAAAACAUAAAAUUUGAAGAGUA